UGACUUUAUAAAAUUCCAUAUAUUUAUUCUAUUCAUGAGAUAAACUAUAUCUUCACUAACCCUUGAAUCAUUUCAUUCACACAAUCCACAACAAUGGCAGACCCAAAUACAAACAAUCCAGCAUUAGAACCCGAUUCAGACAACCCGGAUCAACCGGGUUUGGAGUUAGCCCAAUUCGGAGCCGGGUGUUUCUGGGGUGUUGAGUUAGCCUUUCAGAGAAUUGAAGGUGUGGUUAAAACUGAAGUUGGGUAUUCUCAAGGUCAUGUUCCUGACCCGAAUUACAAGCUUGUUUGCUCCGGAAAUACUAACCAUGUUGAAGUUGUUCGGGUUCAUUUUGACCCGAAUGUGUGCCCUUAUACCAAUCUUCUUGACCUCUUUUGGUCUCGGCAUGAUCCUACCACUCUUAAUCGUCAGGCUGGUGAUGUAGGAACUCAGUAUCGGUCAGGGAUAUACUACUACAAUGAGACUCAAGCACGUCUAGCUCAGGAAUCGAAGGAAGCCAAGCAGUUGGAGCUAAAGGACAGGAAUGUUGUAACUGAGAUUCUGCCAGCUAAGAGAUUCUACCGGGCAGAGGAAUAUCACCAGCAGUAUCUGGCAAAGGGUGGCCGUUUUGGUGAUAAACAGUCUGCUGCAAAGGGUUGCACUGACCCCAUCAAAUGCUACGGCUAACAGCAGAUUUGGCUUCUGAACAAUCAUACUAUAUAUUUCUAUUUUGAAAUUUAUAUGUUUAGACUUAUAUAUCUAUGACCGAGCUCAAUAAAUUGUCUCCAGCUGAGCGAAUAACACUCUGGAUCAAAAAAUAAACUUAUAUUUUGAGAAUUCUUGUUUAGCAAAGCAAGCUUAUAGCAUGAUAAUUAUAUUUGUAGUUUUGUACUGUAUAAA